CAGAGGCAGUCAGUCGGUGGGAUGCCGCCGCGCUAGGCAGACGGUGACUCCCCCGCGUCUCCCAGGUCGCGGCACAACACACCUGCUGACGUCUUUCGCUCGGCCUCUCGGGGACUGGAAUGGCACGCAGCGAUCCAUGACAAUAUGAAAGGACUUAGCAGGCGGUACAGGCUUUCCCGAGUGACACGCCGAGACUUUACUACUCAGAUACCCGUUUUCUAACACACGACGUACAAGAGUGCACGUGUAACUCCUUCAGUCACCAACUGCCUUACACAAAUAUUACAAUCGAAGCUGAAUAGUGCUAAAUGAGAGUCGGGGAAGCAGGAAGCAGGCUCACCUUCUUCCUGAGUCUGGGGAGGCUCAGUGAUCGCCUCAGUCAUCGGGGGGUUAUGAGUCACUCCGCCGUGGCCGCCGGGCUGGUGGUGGUCGGUUGAGGCUGAGGGUGCUUGCCUGAGCCCGCCGCCCUCCAGCCCGCCUUGCCUCACCCAGCCCCGCCUUUCCCCGCCCCACUCCCAUCCCCAGGCUUCCGCCCUCCUUCCCUCGCCGCAGCUGGCUGAUCAACAAACCCCACGCUCACAACUUCACCAGGUGUGGGGGCGAGGAUGGACCGUCGGCUGGUGCUGCCUCUAGCCACCCUGCUGCUUCUGAGCCGGGGGGUGCGACCGUACAGCGACAAGACGGUGGAGAUCGUGGAGCUGGUGGUGCCAGAGUCCCCUAAGGUGGGCGAUGACGUGACGCUCACCUGCCGCUUCAACCUGGUGGGCAACAACCAUCGCCUCUACACCGUCAACUGGUGGCGCGGCAAGGACCAGUUCUACACCUACAAGGGCACCACGAUGGAUCGCAAGCACGCCUACUCCUUCCAGGGUAUUCAGGUGAAGGAGGAGGCGUCGACGGAGGAGUCUGUGGUCCUGCAGGACGUGUCGGAGGACACCUCUGGUCUGUACAAGUGUGAGGUGAUGGGCGAAGGUCCCUCCUUCCGCACCGCCGUCGCCAACAAGACCAUGACCGUCGUGAUCCCGCCGAGAAAGGUGGAAAUCCUGGCGCAGUCUCAGCCCGACCCGCCCGUGUACCACGUGGGCGAGACGAUACACCUCAACUGCACCGCGAUGGCCGCCAAGCCCCGCGCCACCCUCACUUGGAAGAUUGAUGAUGUGCCGGUUGAGGGUCAUCACGUCCUGCGUCUCCCUGAUUACGAGGACCAGCGGGGCCGCAUCACCUCCACUCUUAACCUGGCCUGGGACCCUCCGGCCUACUUCCGCAGCAACGUGGCCAAGGUGGUGUGCCACGCGGUGGUCGGCGGCCACACCACCAUCGCCACUAAGGACAUCUACCUCGACCCAGCCUCAAGCGCGUCACUCAAUCACCUGUACGCCUCCAAAGGAUGUCAACUUUCGACCACCUGGACCAUCCUCAGCCUGGUCUUCUUCCUCGUACGGCAUUCACCCUAGCACUGCCAGCCGCUGACUCCCAGGAAUUCGAGUACAAGUGGAAGAAAGAAUGCCACUGAAGUGUCCCGAGGAGAGAUGGAAGUACUAGAUUCUUGCACUGGAGAGCCGGACAAACCAAACUGUGUAUUGCAUAAACCGUAAAGAAAUGUGAGGACGCAAAUAUUCAAACAGGCGCUUCGAAUGAAUGUUGUCUCUACAAAUGAUGCUAAAUGAAUUCCGAAAUGAAAAGAUCAAAGUGUUGGAAAAUGUUAACGAGAAAACAAUUGUUGAAAAUUCUAAUAGUGCGUUUAUGAGAAAGGAAUUAAUGGACUGCAGUGACAGGAACUUCCUCUUCUUAUGUAUCAGCGACUAACUGAAUAAUGAGGAUGGUGAUAUGAAAGAAUGAAAUUUAAUUAACAGACGCAAAAUGCUCCAUUAUAUGCUAAGACAAUGUAAAUUAGUAUUUAAAAACAUAGAUAAAUAUUUCGCAAUGCUAGACAUCAAAAGGGAAGUUGCGAGUAUGAUCCAGGCUCACGGUAAUUACUCAGCGGGAGAAGUAGCGCUUUCUUAUGACCCUAGACGGCGCUAUUUGAUCUUGUUGUGACACCAUGACUCUUACAUGCUUUCCUCCGCAACACGUGACAGGGACGCGAAAACUGACUAGUGAAGGAAGACGGGACCUGCUUGGUGAGGGAGCAACAAAACGCUGCUUCUUCUCACCUGUCACCUGCUUCCCUACCUGCCUCACCUAUCCCGCCACAACAGGUAACCGAAACGCGCGCACACACACACACACACACACACACACACACACACACACACACACACACACACACACACACACACACACACACACACACACACACACACACACACACACACACACACACACACUAGUUAUGAAGUAAACAAUGUAAUUCCUGCAAGUAUCAACAAGAUAAAAUAGUGACAAAAAAAUAAAUCAAUAACCAUUGACUGUAUAAACUUGAAUAAAGAGACAAUCAAUAUUAAACUCAACCAUAACACAACACAAAACAACACAACACAGCACAACACAAAACAACACAACACAGCACAACACAACACAGCACAGCACAACACAACACAACACAGCACAACACAAAACACACAGCACAGCACAGCACAACACAACACAGCACAGCACAGCACAACACAACACAACACAGCGCAACACGUCAUAACACAUGCAACACGCCUGGCAAGGUCUUAGCUGAGGGAGAAAAAUUGUGAAGACAGACUAGCGCAUAAAAUGUCUCUCUGAAAAUUAAUAAUGAAAGAGAACAUUGCACUCUCUCGUGAGACGUCGAUAAUAUUAAGGUCAGUGGUGCUGUGGGAGUCUGUGAGUCGCCUGUGUGCUGUGUAUUUGACCUGCUGCUGUGUGCCUCGCGUGCUGUGUAUACUAAACCGUUGGCGUGAAGUGUGUGUAAUGGAAAGAAGAAGAAAAAUAUAGUACAGUACUCUUCCUUCCGUGCUCUCCUCAGUCUCCAGUCAGCUGAUACACUAUGAAUUCAUCAAUGGCCAAGUUUCUUAAGGAGAAUGUCAGCAGACUGGAGGAACUUAAGACAGGGGAAGGUAAAACAGCGGUAGUGAGUGCAGUUAGGCUUUCAAGACUUCUAACCAAGACUGUACCGACGUACCCACCACCCGCAGCUGCUCAAAGAAACCUAUAAACGAAAAAAAAGUAGAAAAAAAUAUAUAGAAAAGGGAAAAAAUCCAUUCUUUUAUAUUUAAAAAGAAGAAAAAACCUGGAAAAAGAGGGGAGAAAAAAGAAGGGAGAAAAUAUUAGUGGCUUAUAUAUAUCCUCAUUUCAUUUUACUUCUUUUUAAUCCAUGUAUGUUUUUUUUUCUAACUCUCAUUCAACGCAUGACGAAGACGCAGGUGAAGGAUGAGGAAGAAGAGGAAAAGAGCUUCAAACAUCCACUGUCUCGCCUGGUCAUGUCCCCCGAAGUCUGUCUCGCCCCUCCUAGCAUUACGAAUUAAAAGCCAUAGAUCAAAUAUAAAAAAUCUAUGUA